AUGCCCGACCUGACCCUCCCCCCCCCGCUGCCUGCGCGAGUCAGUCGGAGCGCCCUGGCCCUGCACGGCGCCUCGGAAGAGCACGAGCGGGGCCCCGCUGAGCGGCUCCUGCAGCGGAUGGAGGACCACGCCGACGCGGCGGAGAUAACGGACAAGCGCGACAAGGCGAGGAACGCCGAGGAGGGCGUGCAGCCCGGGCCCGACGCGCAAGAUGCGGUUCUCCUGGACCAGUGCGGGGUGGGCUUCAUGCUCACCACCGGCCAGGCGUAUCGGGGUCUCGAGCUCGUGCCGCUGGACAAGCUGAGUUGGUGGCCAGAGGCGGAGGGUCCCGGCGUGACCCUCAAUCCCGACGUCGAGGCCGUCUCCCUCCGCUUCUUCAACGAGGUGGCGCGCGAAGGCUGGAAGAAGGAGCUGAGCAGGCGGCUCGGCGCAGAGGGGACGCAGUGGAGCCGGGGCUGGAACAGGACCGAGGCAGGGUGGAUUCGGCAAACGAUAGCGACAAGCACAAACACGACGUCGGCUUCGCGGGCUUCAAAGGCAUCUGGUGUACACGUGCUACGGUUGCGGCCACCAGUGCAAGGACCAU